UGUCUGGACUUACCCAACACGAUCAAGUCUUUCAAAUUUGGAUACAAGUUCAACCAGACAAUCUUGCCCUCAGAGCUACCCAACUCAAUAACAGCACUCUGGUUCAGCGAUGACUUUAAUCAACCAAUCGACCCUGGAACCAUGCCAAACUCACUCACAAUUCUCUCCUUAGGUUAUAAUUUUAACCAAGCAUUACGACCUGACUCCUUGCCUCAAUCUCUCUUAACCUUGUCGAUUGGCUUUGCUUAUGACACACCCCUUGUGUCUAGAGCACUCCCAAGUUCGCUGAAAACCCUUCAUAUGGGCUACUCAUUCAAUCAAUCAAUAGACCAUGGUGUUCUCCCUGACUCGCUCACAACUCUGACUUUCUCUGACAGCUUCUCAAGGACAAUCCGACCUGGUGUCUUGCCCAAUUCAAUAACUUAUCUCGAGUUUGGAUACAGAUUCAAUCAGGUGUUCGAGCCUGGCAAUCUACCUCGAUCACUCAAACAACUUAUACUUUUCCCACGUGACAGUCCCAAAGGACAGUUUGGACCAGAUGUUCUACCUCAAUCUUUAACAUCAUUAUCAUUGUCAUCUGAAUCUGAUUAUGUGUUGGACACCCAGACUUUGCCACCCUCUCUCAUUGACUUAAAACUGGGCAUCGGUAUCUCAGUGGCUGAUGGAGCAUUGCCAUCCAGCAUCACGGCAUUGAGGUAUAUGAAUGGACCGGAAGAUAUCCUGACAUGUGAAUUUCCAAAGUCUCUCCGGGUACUCGAGUUUGGAGGAAGGUUCAACAGGCUGUUGGUCAAGGGCGAGCUUCCGGAUUCACUUACCACUCUGGACAUGGGAGAUUACUUUGAUCAACCUCUGGCCAAGGGUAUCCUCCCCAUGGGCCUCAUCAAACUGUGCAUUGGCCCAGCUUUCAAACAGCCUCAGUCAUCAGUGGAGAUACCUCAUACUCUACGAUAUUUUUCAACAAAUUCAAUCAAUCAAUGUCAAUAUCUGAUGUGUGCAUCACCUUGCAGUGUGGAGAGAGUACGAAUAAUGGAUUGGAUCAAGUAUGUAGGCGGUCCUAUUUUGUCGGAUCUUCAGACAAUCACUACACCUUUGGUAUCGCUACACGCAAAGAUUGUCGUUGAUAGAGGUGUCAAGGCUUUCAUCAAAAUGCUCAUGAGGAAAGCGCCAAACGUUGGUACCUUCUAUAUUCAAGACAAGUUACACCGAGUUAAGCACAUACUCAGAAGGUUGGAAAGGAACAGAACAUUGUGCAUCACAACUCAUAAUGACGCCAUCCUUCAGUACUCCCAUGACCCUCCAAAGCGU